AUGGAUUAUUACAUCUACAGAAACAUUGGUGGUAAUUAUAACUUUGGAGGAUUUGAGAGAACUUCAUAUACAGAAUCAGUUUAUGGACCUGAAAGCUUUGAUAUUUUUCAUGGACAUUCAAAAGCUACCAUGCUUUUGAUAAUAAACAAUGCAGGGCAAGGAGUUUUAUCGUCAUCUUUCUUCAAAUAUGCAGAUACCAUUUUAAAAAAAUAUUCAUCAAUUGUUGUAACAAUCUUCACAGGCUUUACAUCUGCUGUUUUGUUUGGUCAUACUUUGACUAUAAAUUCCAUGCUAGGAAUUUCUAUUAUUUUCAUUUCAAUGCACCAGUUCUUUUCCUCUCUUUCAAAAGUUAAGGAAGAAGAAAACAGAGUGUUGGAAUUGGAACCUAUUAAAAGCAACAACAGGUCAAGAGACUCGAAUUUCACUAAUAUGACAGUAGGUGCUAACAAGGAGGCUGUCAUUGUGUGGAUUCUGAUGCAAGACAACCACUUCCUACUUAAGUCAACAGUUGACUUUUGAAAUGAAAGAAGAUAAUUUGAAUAAAAAUGAGUUAUUUUUCACUUAUACUGUUCAUGAGGUUUAAUGUAUUUCCAACUCCUCGAAAUGAUUGAUGGAUAUAAACUUUAAAUAAUGUGUGCAUUUUUUUCCUAUUUGUGAGGAAUCAACUUUCAGAGUUUCCGGUGGUAUAAAAUUGUGCUGAUAAAGGCAGUUGUAUGCAAUUAGAGAAGGGCACAUGGCAAUUCCUAGAG